AUGAGCAGAAUUCUUGCUAAGCAGAAGCAGAGACCGACAUGUGCAUCGCGUCGGCGCCGCAGAAGGAUUAGUCGUGCCUCAAUGCCAUGUCCCAGUCCUAAAGUCAGCCGCACGAGAAGCACGCACACACACGGCCACACAACGAACCCUUGUCGUGAUCGUCAGGAACGAGACACACCAAAAGCCUCCGGACCCUAUGCCCGAUGGCCGCGUCCCUCUUUAGGUAUAGCCAGGGCAAAUUCGAGUGAAGGCUGUGAAGCAGAAAAAAGUCAAACAGCCACCGUUGAAAGCCUUUUCCAUCAGAGUUGA